AUGGAUCAUUCAAGACGUUCUACCGGCAAAAAUGAGGCAUUACACAUCGAUCCGUCGAUCAGAGGUGAAUCCUCGUUCUCUGUUCAUCGCAGUCACUCCAGUGGACACGAGCCGUUUGCUCCAAGCCCUGGUUCAUCGAUCGGAGCAAGUGUUUCGAUGUUUUCGUCGCGCAACUCAGAGGCCGAGAUCAUCGAUCCGGAGGACUUCGAGGGGAACCGUACAAUCAUGAUGAACGUCUGCGUCGGUGACAUGAUUGCCGAUAGGGACAUUCACUCGAGAUACCCGGAGUUCUACCAGUUCUUGAUCACCGAGCAACCAACGUGGUUUGAGCCGGCGCCCCACAACGGAACGGUCUAUCGAGUGCAUCAGACAACUCCACUUCCGGAAAAUCACCGAAAACUACGCAAGGAACUGCCAUACGAGAUGCUCGAUUUGAUGUAUCGCUUCUACCGCCAAAAACAUGUCAACGCUUUACGCAAACGCGAGAACAAAGAACUUCUUGAAGCAAACAAGCAACUCCGAAUUGCCGCUGUCCAGAUGUUCACUAAGGCCGAACAAGAGGAGGAAUACAUUUCAAACUCACUUCUCAAGAAGAUCCAACAGUUGAACCAAGACAAGGAUUACCUCGUGAAGAAGUAUCAGAAGGACGAGGAGUCUCUGACGAAGUCACUCAUGGCCAACGUCGCCAAAAUUCCGGAUGUUCAUGGAGACGAGGCGGCAGAGAAAUUGAUGGCUGACAAGCAAGCGGAGAUUGAACGUCUCCGUACCUAUUGCAGUCGCGCCGAAAAAAGCUAUCAAGAGGAAUUGAUGCGCUUGCGUGCUGAGAAGGUAGACCACGAGUCUGCUUUGGAACAGGAGCAAGAGCUUCUAAUCAAUACUCUCGGAAAGAGAAUGAGCCAGAUGAACGAGGAAAAACGCAAACUCCAGCAGACCCUCGAGACGGCCUAUGUCAAUGGAUUCGUCGAUUUUGACGAUACUGUUGAAGUUGCACUUCAUGCUGCUGCUGCACAAAAAAAAGAGCUAAAUCCCUCCGCAGUGACUGCUCACUCUCCAAUCGUCAGAAACUUCGAGCAACCACCACCAUCAAGUUCUCGUCAACAAAUGAAUGAGGCGACCCACUUACAAAUCGAGAAUAAGAAGCUUGUUGGCCUCUGCAACCAAGAGAAGAGACGUGCUCUUGCCACUGAAGCUGAAGUCAAAAAACUCAACCAGAGAAUGUCGAAAAUGGAAGCUAUGUUUGAGGCGAUUCGUGUGGAGGCUAUCCGUUCCGAUGGAACUCUCGCUUGGCGUCUUGCUGCUUUGAGCCAUGACAACAGCAUGGAUGAACACCCAAUCCGUCCACUUGCAGAGAGACGCGCUCAUGGAGGAUCUCCGCCAACUGUCGUUGUUCAACCAACAGCUAACCGUGCCGGAACCAGCAAUUCGGGUGCUAACUCAACCAUCAACGAGCACCCACACGCUACGGUUGCACCAAUUUUGGCUACGGUGUUCCCGACUCAAAGACCAGCUGCUGCCCGAAACGAGAGACCAGAUCAACAUCAUUAA